GAUCCACGAUCCAUCAAUAUCCCAUCAACAAUUAUGACCACUUUAAGGGCUAUACAGAUAGGCCGUUACGCUUCUCACUCUCUUUUUCUGUCCACGCAUGCACUUGGAUCCACCUUCCCGCUUGCCAACUGUUGAUUGUCUGCAGUUCCGUGUGCUGUGUUUCAACAGUGGGGCUCUAGGUCGUUUGGCCAUGGUAUGCAUUUCGGGUAUCAUGCAUCCAAGGCAUCUGAACUGGUGUCUGUGGUGCAUAGGGUUUGCUUGAGGAGAGCACACUCGGUGUGGUAUGGAAACUUGAUUUUCGCAAAGCUAAAGGUAAGUGAAGAUAGUAUUUUACAUCAAGGGAUACCAGGCUUUGUAUGGAAUGCUAAUAAUUUUGAAAGCUGAUUGGUGCCAGAUGUGGACGGUAGAAGAGUUCUUGCCGAACGCAGAGAGAUCAAAGGGGUACUUGCUGUUGUACUUUGUAUAAUAUAGUCCGUAUGAUCUCGCAUGCAGAAGGUUUCUCGAUCUUGGUUUCGUCUUUUAUCGGUCUCCGUAUAUUCGUACUUUGUAUCUGUAGUCGUGCUUGCUACCCAUGUCUCCUAUCCAAUUCUCUCACUUCCUUCCCUAUAUCCUUAUGCCUUUAUAUACCGAACAGAUAGAAAGAAGAUUCCGCUUGCCCUCAUAAUCACACUAUCCCCGCUCUUACCCCUCUUUUAGCUAUCUCCUUGUGUUUCUUCUAUCUUCUAUCCUACCCCGCUUUGUAUAACCAAUCAUCCUUUCUAUGAUCUCCUCGUGCACUACCAUUUCCCUUGACCCCCCAUACUGGCUUCAUACCAAGGUGGUCUAGAACCUCCUACCCCGCUCCACAAAUAACAAACUCAUAAGCAUUACAAAUAAGAAAUCAAUGCUGGCUGCGGGGUUGCCUCUAAUAUCCCUCAAUCAAACUUAGUCAGAGUACCGGCGAUUUACAAUACUUGCAACACUUUUGCAGCCUACCUCCGACGACAGCCAGUAUGGGAUAGGGAUCAGUAGUCAGGUGAGUGCGAAGACGACUUUGGUCCCCCAGGUCGCAUGCAACGAUGCCUGGAUCUUAUAUGUCCAGAUCCAGCCUUCUGGUAUUACCGAGCAAGAGUUUGCAGAAACGGUGGCCAAGGUACUUCACCUCUUUCCAAGAAGUCAUGUGUGGUUCCAUAUCGUCUCAUCGGAAUUGGAGAUUGUCACCCAGGAUGUGGCAGGUUAGUUCCAAUUCAUACAAGAACAUAAUUUCACCCCAGGCUAACUUGAAUUCAGAUAAACCAAAGUACCUGGUCCAAGUGUUUGACGAAUUAACCGGGCAGGGCAAGAUUUAUCGCAAGAAGAUAAACUGCCCUCCUGUACUUGUGUUGUAUAACGUCAACCGGCUUCCGGUUGGGAAUCCCUGACAUCUCAAUAUUGUGCAAGACAUACCCAAGGAUGCAUCUGAUGGCAGACGUUUUAUUAUGGUUUUCAUAGCCAGCAAGGGUCAAGCCCUGCUGCAAAUAUUAGGUAUGGUUGCUUUAUUUUCAAUCCUUCUAGGGCUUCAUCAAAGAUAGGAAACUAAUGUAAUCUGUUUUGAUCCCCAGAUGGCAGGUUGCUCAGCACAGUCAUGUCUGCGUAGGGUUAUUGUGGUAAAGGAUUUUAUGUUCACCGCCGGCUGAAUUGCGUUUUUAAAGUUGGCACGGGCUCAGCUGAACUCUGGAAAUCGGGUUCCAGGUAAGUUUGAGAUUGGUUCUCUAUAGUGGUAUCAGAAUAUCAAUUACUCAGUGCGAGGUGUCAAUGCAGGUAUCGGUCCGCAGUUCGUGGACCCAGGUAAGGAAAUCUUUGCCAAGGCCAAAUGUAUGCCCGCAACGAGUUUAAACUGGUUGGCCUACGACUAGCAAGAAAGAUGUUACUCACUGGAGCGAUUAGUCGUGAAGACUUUGAGGAGGGUGCCGGCAGUCUGACUACUGCGAAUAGGCUGCUUGCUGUUCACUAGCUCCCACAUCUAAGGUCUAUGCACGGGAGGUUGGAGGUAUUGAAAGUCAUGGGUACUCACUUGUCGUUUGAUUGUUCCGGAACUUGUUGGUCAACCUGUUUGGUGAUGGCGGUUGGUGGCUUUGUAUGUGAGUUUCACACUAGCAGAGAUUUCUCCAGCUAGUACAGUUUUAUUUCAUGUUCAGUUUCAGAAUACGGGAACGGUCUCUAUCGGCAGUUUGGAUACCUGCUGGUAGUGUUCGGCAGUCUUUCGGUAAGGCUCGGUACGCCGGUUACAGUGGAUACGGGUGUGAGAACUUCUGUCCGAGCUGGACCUCGGAAGAGAAGGGAGAUACCGGAAAUGCUGGGAGGUCAUGUUUUAGGAUAGGGAGGAUUUUUUCACGGCAUGUUGAUAGGCAUUCUGAUUGUGGUUAUGGGUAUCAUCGCUCUAUAUAAACCCCCCUUAUUGCCCCAUAGAUAGAAAAAAUGAGCAAGCAGAAAACGUCAAAAUCCUCC